CAGGACGGAGCAAAUGAACGCUGGUAUAUUUAGGCCCUCUGCGGUCGCCGUAGCCCCAGCCUGUCAACAGGAAGUAGAAUUCUAUUUGGGGCUCAUUAUUCGGGAGAGAAAGGCCAGGGAUUCGGGGGAAACACGCCCACUCCGCUGCUGCAAGCGUCACCGCGACCAUGGCCGAAUAUUCCUACGUGAAGCCCACCAAACUCGUGCUCAAGGGAACCAAGGCCAAGAGUAAGAAGAAAAAGAGUAAAGAGAAGAAGAGAAAAAGAGAAGAAGAUGAAGAAAUUCAACUUGAUAUUGUUGGAAUCUGGUGGACAGUAACAAACUUUGGUGAAAUUUCAGGAACCAUAGCGAUUGAAAUGGAUAAAGGAACCUACAUACAUGCACUUGACAAUGGACUUUUUACACUGGGAGCUCCACAUAAAGAAGUUGAUGAGGGUCCUAGUCCUCCAGAGCAGUUUACAGCUGUCAAAUUAUCUGAUUCCAGAAUUGCCCUGAAAUCUGGCUAUGGAAAAUACCUAGGUAUAAAUUCAGAUGGACUUGUUGUUGGGCGUUCAGAUGCAAUUGGACCAAGAGAACAAUGGGAACCAGUCUUUCAAGAUGGGAAAAUGGCUUUACUGGCCUCAAAUAGCUGCUUUAUUAGAUGCAAUGAAGCAGGUGAUAUAGAAGCAAAAAGUAAAACGGCAGGAGAAGAAGAAAUGAUAAAGAUUAGAUCCUGUGCUGAAAGAGAAACUAAGAAAAAAGAUGAUAUUCCAGAAGAAGACAAAGGAAAUGUUAAACAGUGUGAAAUCAAUUAUGUAAAGAAAUUCCAGAGCUUCCAAGACCACAAACUUAAAAUAAGUAAAGAAGACAGUAAAAUUCUUAAAAAGGCCCGGAAAGACGGAUUUUUGCAUGAAACACUUCUGGACAGGAGAGCCAAAUUGAAAGCUGAUAGAUAUUGCAAAUGACCAGGAUUUUUGUUUCUGUCUUCUUUUUUUCUGAAUAAAAAAAUCAGUGGAAGUGUUUUAACAGAA